AUGGCGGUGCUCAUGUACAACCGCAUGUUUAAUUGGCGGAAGUACCUCAGUCAGUGGAUUUUAAAUGUCUACAAGGACGGUCUGCAGAACAAGUACAACAUCAACCCAAAUGCAACCGGCGGGCAUAGUUGCAUAUCGUCGUCUUCUUACAACCUGCGCAACAACAUGCUGCAUUCAAGUGCUGGCGGAAAGGUUGAUAACAAAGAACUUUUACAAAUGACCAAUGAAAGCUACCAGAGCAAGGAGGCCAAUUACAGAUUAAGCUCACAAAAUAAUUUUCCAAGGCCUCCUGAAAGCCCACUUUAUGAUAGAUAUGUAUUAGUUGUUCUAUGUGGCUUUGUGCAUUGA